UGUGAGGAGCAGAUCCCAAUUCCUUAAAGACUAGGGUUUCUCUCCCUGCAACUUCGAUCCGUUAUUCCCCUCCAUUGUCUCUCUGUUUGGAGCACAAUUCAGACGAUCAAUCGUUCUCUGAUCAUAGAUGUUAAUCUUUUCAGGUUUAUUCUAAUGUUUCCUUGGAUCCUUUUUCUUCUUGGUGACAGUAUAUAGAAGACACCAGAGUUUCAGAUUUCAGGGCUUUAUCUCCCAUUUUCUGGAGGCUGCAUCUUAGUUCCUUCAUAUCACUUUCUGUUGCUAGGAUCCUUUCUUUACAUCCUAAGAUCAAAUUAUCACCCGAGAAUGGACAGCAAAUAUACAGCGGAGAUGUUGAAGCACUUGGAGAAACAGAGAGAGAUCCUCAUGGAUGCGUAUAGGUCAAUGUCGCACGAACUGCAUAGGCUUCAGGUAGAAGAAGAGAUGCUUAUGCGCAAGUUUUACGAACUUAUGUCAGCCCAUGGCGUAUUAAAAGAGGAUGCCAACAGAGAAAAUGCACUGAAUGAUAGGGAGAGUUCUCCAUCAAAUUGUGACACAAAUAGUCAAAGAUAAUUUUGAUGUCUGGUGGUGCUAAAAUGUUGAACUUUUAUAGAUCAUUGUAGGUAGCACCAUUGGAGGUCCAAGCAUCAGUCCAAAACUUCCAAGUUCCAACAACUUGCUGUCUUAAUGGGAGGGGCCAAGAUUCAACCAAGGAACCUUUAUAUUUUAUGUACAUAUUUACUGAUUAAAAAGGGAUGGUCGUGAGAGUUAUGCCUCUCGGCUCAAGCAAGUGGAUUGCCUCACAUAUUGCUUCAACAAUUGAAAAAACUGGUUUUCUACUUUGAUCA